AUGGAAGAAGACUUUGCAAGAGCACGAACACUUGGAGGACGUCUCUCUCGCCAACAUCAUGAUACCUACCCAUACAUCGACCCCAAAAAGGUCAACCUUAAGGGGAAAAGCGUUCUCAUUACCGGAGCAUCCAAAGACAUUGGAAAAGCAACGGCGAUAAGCUACGCCCAGGCCGGCGCUUCCAACAUUGCACUCGGCGCGCGAUCAUACCUCGACUCCACCGUGACCGCAGUCCUCGAAGCAGCAAAAACCGCCGGUCACCCCCCGCCCCGCAUCACAACACUGAAUUUCGACGUCACAAGCGCCUCGAGCGUCUCCGCCGCCGCCUUGCAAGUCUCCAAAGACUUUGACGGCUGCCUCGACAUCCUCAUCAACAACGCCGGGUACCUCCACAAACUGAGCUCAAUCCCGGACUCGGACCCAGAAGACUGGUGGCGCACCUUCGAAGUCAACAUCAAAGGCCCCUACCUAAUCUUCCACGCCUUCUACCCUUUACUCCGCCAAUCCUCCCUCAAAACUGUAAUCAACGUCGUAUCCCUCAUUGGCGUCUCCACGCUCCCGCAACACUCGGGCUACGCACUUAGCAAGCUGGCUGCACUGCGUCUGACGCAGUACAUCAGCCAGGACCAUGGCGAGGGUAAAGAAGGGAUUGUGGCGAUUGGGGUGCAUCCCGGGGCUAUAGCGACGGAUAUGACGUUGACGAUGCCCGAGGAGCUGCAUCAUGUUCUUACUGAGACGAAGGAGUUGGCGGGGGAUGCGAUGGUGUGGUUGGGGGCGGAGAGGAGGGAGUGGCUGGGUGGGAGGUAUGUUAGUGUGUGUUGGGAUUUUGAGGAGUUGAGUGAGAAGAAGGGGGAGAUUGUGGAGGGGGAUUUGUUGAAGAUACGGUUGGGUGUUUGA